GUUCGCAGAAAUGCUGUGACUCGCUUGGAAAAACGAGUCAAUGAAAAACAGUUGACUUCACCUGAGAAGAACUCUGGUUCGAAUCGAGAACCCUAACCCUAAUAUUUCAAUUCUUCUUCUGGAUUAAUCGCAAAAGAAGAAGGCAAAACGAGACCAUGAAGUUGUCGUUCUCCAUCCCCUCCUCGAAGUCCUCAUCGAAGACCAACUCCGUCAAACCCUCCAACAAAUUCGAUGACUCUUCCGCCAAACAAAACGACGACGUCGCAUCCAAACACCUCAUCACCGAAUUCGACCCUUCCAAAACCCCAACCCAUUCAGCCCCUCAAAUCCUAAUUCCCCCAAUCCAAGACCAAUGGCGACCCCUCAAGAAAAUGAAGAACCUUCACCUUCCCACCACCCACUCCGAAUCCGAAUCCCUCGCUUUCGAACAAGACACCACCUCCGCCGCCCAACCCGGAUCCGACAUGUCCUACGGCCUCAACCUCCGUGCCAACAAAAUACCGGACGCUGAAGAUGAUGGCACCGCAGCGCCGCAGCGUCGUGUCUCAGUGGAGAAUGUGAUGCUGCAGAAGUUCAAGGACGAUUUGCACACGCUGCCGGAGGACCAGGAGAUGGACGAGUUCAAGGAUGUCCCGGUGGAGGGUUUCUCCGCGGCUUUGCUCGCCGGCUACGGCUGGACCAAAGGGAUGGGGAUUGGGAAGAACGCAAAGGAAGAUGUGAAAGUGAUCGAGAUCAAGCGGAGGACUGGCAAGGAAGGAUUAGGGUUUGUUGGUGAUGCUCCUGAUCCAAUUCGGAGCAGCAACAGCAAGAACAAGGAGGAUGGGAAAAAGAAGAAGGAAGAACGAGGGAAGGAGAAGGUCGUUAGGAUUGUUGGGGGAAGAGAUGCUGGAUUGAAGGGUAGUGUUGUGUCUAGUGUUGGAGAUGAUUGGCUUGUUUUGAAGCUCUCAACUAGCGGAGAGCUUGUGAAGGUGAAGGUGGAUGAUGUUGCUGAAUUGGGUUCUGCUGAAGAAGAGAAGUGUUUGAGGAAAUUGAGGGAUUUGAAGAUUCAGAGCCAUGAUAGGGAUAGAGGGUCAAAGAGUAAGCGCGGCAGGGAUGAGGGUAGGAGAGAGGUUCAGGAGAAGAGAGGAGAUGUUAGUGGUAGAGAAGAGAGGCGAGUGGAUCAUAAACGAGUUUCUUGGCUCACAAGUCACAUUCGGGUUAGGGUAAUUAGCCGGGAUUUGAAAGGGGGGAGGUUGUAUUUGAAGAAGGGAGAGGUUCUGGAUGUGGUUGGGCCUACCACUUGUGAUAUAUCUAUGGAUGAGAGCCGGGAGAUCAUUCAAGGGGUGUCCCAAGAUGUUCUUGAGACUGCAAUCCCGCGACCUGGGGGACCCGUUCUUGUAUUGUCUGGUAAAUACAAGGGUGUAUAUGGGAGUCUGGUUGAGAGGGAUUUGGACCGGGAAAUUGCCAUUGCUAGGGAUGCUGAUACCCACGAGCUUGUCAAGGUGAAACUCGAACAAAUCGCAGAGUAUAUAGGGGACCCAAGCUUAUUGGGACAUUGAUUCUGUUGCAUCCACUGCGUUGUAUGUCUGACUUCCAUAUGGAGGAACGAAUUUACAAUGACUUGUGGACACAACACUGAUAUUAGAGCAUGCGGAUUGAUUGAGUGCAAGCGAGCUAAACACUCCAUCACAGUCCCGAGUCACAUAUUAUCAGCCUCCAGCUCUGCUUUAUUGCCUGAUCCCCACUUCCAGAGCUCCUAGCAAAGGCUGGCAAUGCCAUAGCCAAGGAAAGAUGUUAAAUUAAAGAGGACUGUGAAACUGAAUUUUCUUAAAAAUGGAUUUCAAAGCAGCCCGUUGAUUAAAUUAAAAAGAAAAAAA